ACACUUACUGUCCACAACUCUCUCUGUACUUAUAGCCUCAUGGCCCCCAAAAAGCCAGAGCCCAAGAAGGACGAUGCCAAGGCGGGCUCCAAGGCAGCUCCAGCUCCUGCUCCCGCUCCAGCUCCAGCUCCUGCACCUGCGCCCGAGCCCCCCAAGGAGGUGGCAUUUGAUGCCUCCAAGAUCAAGAUCGAGUUCACACCAGAGCAGAUUGAAGAAUUCAAGGAAGCUUUCAUGUUGUAUGACCGCACGCCCAAGAGUGAGAUGAAGAUCACGUAUGGACAGUGUGGGGACGUCCUACGGGCGCUGGGCCAGAACCCUACUCAGGCUGAAGUGCUCCGUGUCCUGGGGAAGCCAAAGCAGGAAGAGCUCAACACCAAGAUGAUGGACUUUGACACGUUCCUGCCCAUGCUGCAGCACAUCGCCAAAAACAAGGACACAGGCACCUAUGAGGACUUCGUGGAGGGGCUGCGCGUCUUUGACAAGGAGGGCAACGGCACUGUCAUGGGUGCUGAGCUCCGCCACGUGCUGGCCACGCUGGGUGAGAGGCUGACAGAAGAGGAGGUGGAAAAGUUGAUGGCAGGGCAAGAGGAUACCAAUGGCUGCAUCAACUAUGAAGCCUUUGUGAAGCACAUCAUGGCCAGCUGA